GCUGCUGACCCUGGGGAACAGCGCAGCCGGUCCGGAGUGUCUCGGGGCGGGCGGGGCGACACCGUUCCGCUCCGGGAACUGGAAAGCCUGGGGCAAGGCUGAACGUUUGCAGCCCUGGGCCUGUGCUGGACUCUGGUCCCUCCUGUGGUGCGCUGGAUGGAAAGGGAGAUUUCCAUCAGAAAUGGCUCUUUAGCCCCGUCUUUUCUGUUUCACGAGAGAACUCAGUUUCCUGCAUCUGCCAAAUCUCAAAAACCCUGGCUGAAAAAAGCUCCAGAGUUCCCUAUUUUGGAGAAGCUGAACUGGUUGAUACAUCUCCACUAUAUCCGUAAGGAUUAUGAAGCAUGCAAGGCUGUUAUCAGAGAACAGCUUCAGGAGACUCAGGGGUUAUGUGAAUAUGCUAUUUAUGUCCAAGCACUGAUAUUUCGCCUGGAAGGAAAUAUCCAAGAAUCACUAGAACUCUUUCAGACAUGCGCUGUUCUGAGCCCUCAGUGUGCUGAUAACCUCAAGCAGGUGGCCAGAUCUUUAUUUCUUUUGGGAAAACAUAAAGCUGCCAUUGAAGUAUAUAAUGAAGCAGCUAAACUUAACCAGAAAGACUGGGAGAUCUGCCAUAACCUAGGAGUUUGCUACAUUUAUCUGAAACAAUUCAACAAGGCACAAGACCAGUUGCACAAUGCCUUACAUCUUAAUCAGCAUGAUCUGACUUACAUAAUGCUGGGGAAGAUCCACUUGCUGGAGGGAGAUUUGGACAAGGCCAUCAAAAUCUACAAGAAAGCAGUAGAGUUCUCACCAGAAAAUACAGAACUUCUUACAACUUUAGGAUUACUCUACUUACAGCUCGGCAUUUACCAGAAGGCAUUUGAACAUCUUGGAAAUGCACUAACUUAUGACCCCACCAACUAUAAGGCCAUCUUGGCAGCAGGCAGCAUGAUGCAGACCCACGGAGACUUUGAUGUUGCCCUGACCAAAUACAGAGUUGUAGCUUGUGCUGUUCCAGAAAGCCCUCCACUUUGGAAUAACAUUGGAAUGUGUUUCUUUGGCAAAAAGAAAUAUGUGGCAGCUAUCAGCUGCCUGAAACGAGCCAAUUACUUGGCACCCUUCGAUUGGAAGAUUCUGUAUAAUCUGGGCCUUGUCCACCUGACCAUGCAGCAGUAUGCAUCAGCUUUCCAUUUUCUCAGUGCAGCCAUCAGCUUCCAGCCGAGGAUGGGGGAGCUCUACAUGCUCUUGGCUGUGGCUCUGACCAAUCUGGAAGACACAGAGAAUGCCAGGAGAGCCUACGCAGCAGCAGUCCGCCUGGAUAAUGUCAGCGCCAUAGACUCUGUUUGCCACAGGUGUAACCCUUUAGUAAACCUGAACUACGCUGUGCUGCUAUACAACCAGGGCGAGAAGGGGGGCGCCCUAGCCCAGUAUCAGCAGAUGGAGAAGAAAGUCAACCUACUCAAGGACAGCAGCUCUCUGGAAUUUGACUCGGAGAUGGUAGAGAUGGCCCAGAAGUUGGGAGCUGCUCUUCAGGUUGGGGAGGCACUGGUCUGGACUAAACCAGUUAAAGAUCCCAAAUCAAAGCACCGGACCACUUCAACCAGCAAAGCUGCCGGUGUCCAGCAACCUCUGGGCUCUAAUCAAGCUCUGGGACAGGCAAUGUCUUCAGCAGCAGCUUUCAGGAAGCUCCCCUCAGGUGCUGGAGGAACACCCCUGCUCACAAAGCCGCCAUCUCUUCCUCUGGAGCCAGAGUCCACUGAGCAAGCAUGUCCACCAGAAGCAUCAGCACAAAUAAGAGAAAAAUAGGAGUAGGAUGACCCCACCAUAGGGGUUUUUCUUUGACGAGGGUGUAUGAGAUUAGGAAAGGUCACAUGACACAGGCAGUUUGGAGACCAGCAUGUUCCCUGGGCACCACAGAAUGCAGAUUUGGUAUGAUGAUGAGAGCCUGAGGCUUAUUUUCAAGUCCCCCCCACUGGCCUUGUGAUCCGGGAAAUAGAAGAUAGCCCAGAAAGAUCCUUUUAAGAAUUGAGAGCAAGGCUCAUGGCUCUGUAUGGAGCUCCCGGACCCAGCAGGGCAUGUGACACUUGUUUGCUUUUGAAAGGACUUCUGUGUCCUGGCAGACUAAUGCCCUUCCUUUGUGGAAGGCAAGGCUGGGACGGACCUCUGCUGAACAGCCCUGCCAUGGCUAAGCGGUGGUUUAGCUGAGGUGCUCAUCUGGCUGUGGGGGGUGUCAGCCCCCAAGGCAAACACAAAUCUGGGAUUGGUAAUCCCACUCUAAUAGUUUAAAAGAAAGAACACGAUGAAAAACUCUAUAAAAUGAAGCCCAGCCUGUUGAGUAUCCCCGCUGCACUUGCCCAAGGGAAUCCAGAACUAGUCCCUGAGUCUUGUGCCUGGGUGAGGUCAGAGUGCACAGCCAGAUCAGGGCCACGGGAAGAGAAGUAGGAACGAAGGGGGGUCUGGGACCAGCACCAGGCAUUCAAAGGAACGGAAGAGCUGCUUAACCGAGGGACGUUAAGACUGUCAGUGACACCACUGACCAGAUGCUAUCAAUACAUUAAAGUAAAGAUUAUGUAUCAUCAUCCCUUUGGGGAAGGUUAUUCUUUGGGUGUAAAAACAAGAUAUCACAAUAAAAACUUUUUAAAAGAACCUAUGAUAAUAGUCUUUCCUUACCUAUUUCCAAGCCUAGUUUGAAGCCGGAGAAGGAACCUCCAGGCCAGCACCCUGCCCGGUGCCAGCACAGCCUCUACUGCACCGCUUGAUGUGUAGCAGGCCAGCAAUUUGCUUGAGGGCCAGUCCUCAUUUUGCACUCAGAGUACCUUUAAUCACUGUAAUUUGACGGUGGAGGACCUACCUAUCGCCAAGCCAAAUUCUGUUUGGAAUUCUUUUAACUGGAUCUUUCCUGACAUGGAAGGAACAGUUAAAUCUUUAAUUCUCCUAUCUUAGAAAUAAACAGCAAGGUAUCAGAGGCAAUACCUUUGUCUCUGCAGCUGGAAUGUGUCAGAACUGGGAUUUGUACUGAGCAACUGAGAAAGCUCCCUUUUCAGUGUGGAGUCUCCUGUGCCUGUGAUGGAAAAGGUCUUUUGGUGAGAAAUAACAAG